CAAGUUUGAGGUAAGAUUUUCCCAAAUGCCUGUCAGCCAAACCUGUGCAGCGACCGAAUCGGAGACCGAAGGGUGCCAGCCGACGAUGCCGAUGAAGUCCCACACUUCGAAGCCAAGAUCCGGGAAGCGUUCGAUGGGGGUCAAGACUGUUAUGAAGGCUUUGAAAAAGGGUGGGGCAUCACGUGGCCGGAAGCCCAAUCAGUCAAGCAAAGGGUUUGUUUGGUGCGCCCGUGGGGUUCAAAGGCUGCCCAAAUUUGGAACUGCCACUGUCAAAUCGAAGCAGUCCUUGUUUGUGACGCCUGUGCGCAUGGAGCUUACCAAAGUUGCCAAGCUCAACUUGAAGGUGGUUGCCCCCAGUUCUUCAUGCAGCAGGCGUGUGAGCAAGAAUGGCAGGAAGAGGAAAUCUCCAGAUUUUUGUGGAGAUCGAUCGUUUCAAUCCUGGAGUUCCAUUCGUGUUUUUUCUGCGACUACCCGUACUAGUGACAAACCUUCGCAGCGUGGAAUUUGGGACUUUGCCAACCAAGUCCGCUACAGCUGUGACUACAUCGAUGCCUGUAAGAAGUUCAACCAAAAGCCAGGGAGAUUUCUGAACCCUCUGGCUGGAGAAUUCUUCUCAGGCUUGCCCUCGGGCUGGACGUCGGCAAAUGCUGGCGCUGUGAACAAGGAGAAGUUCUUCAAGCAAUUUCCAGACAUGCAGCCAAACGCAAACCAGGGCUCCAAGAUUGGAGUGAUCGCUAUGUUUGCCGGCUGCGGAGGAUUGGAGCUUGGCUUGAGCAGAUACUUGUACCCGACUGCGUAUGUUGAGAAGUCGGACUAUUGCAGAAAGAUCUUGCAAUUGCGAAUGGAUGAGGGGUUACUGCACCGGGCAGAAAUCCAUCCGGAUGUUUGCACGUUUGAUGCUUCCAAGUCUUCCGCUGACGGAGCGGGAGGAGGAUUUCCUUGCCAGGGAGUCUCCACGGCCUCCAUCCAGAAAGGCUUGAAGGACCGGCGGACUCAACUGGUGACGCACAUCUUCCGCGUGUUUGACACCCUGCCGUCCCAACACCAGCGAUUCCUCUACUUUGAGAACGUGAAAGCGAUCUUGGGGAAGAAACAGAGCAUGCGAUCUCUGUUCAACUACAUCGUGCAGGAAACUUCUGGGCGUGGCUUAACGUUGCAUUGGGCAAGAAUAUCGCUUUCAAAUGUUGGACUUGCAGCUCACCGGGAUCGGGUGUUCUUUUUUGGUGCCAAGCCAAAUGAUCCCAUCGUGAAGGCGUUGCGGGUGGAGCCCCUUGCAAGUCUCUUGGAGAAGUCCAGUGUGUGGAACGAGCUGAAUAAGGUCCCGCAGCAUUUGUGGCUGUCGGAGGAGCAGCCGUGUGACCACAAUGAGAGGAUGGGUGUGCUAGGCAAUUUGGUUGUGCCUGCUUGCGCACGAUUGGGGGCUUGUGUGGCGUUGGGCAUGGCUAUCUCUAACGCGCCUGCUCCAUAGACGUCGCUAGCUUUUUCAUAAUUAGAAGUGUCAUGCAGACUCGAGUCAGCCAACCAAUUCAAUUAGCCACGCGUCAGCGAUUGGCGUGUGGUCUUGGAGACUGC